AUGUUCAUUGGGUUUUUGUAUGUUCUUUUGGUGGGUUUUGAAGUUCCCUUUCUGUUGAAAAAUGGGUUCGAUUCAGAUUUUCACGAGGGGUUUUUCAGUAACGGGAGUUGGUUCUUGAAUUUCAAGCCUUUUGUACUUGAAAGUGGGGAAUAUUUGGAUGAGAAAGAUGCUCCAAUUCGGCCUCUUGAUGUCCCAUAUCAGUCGAGACCAGAGAGAAGGAUCAACGAGUUUGCUAAAUCACCACUUUCGAGUUUGAAUUUUAGUGCUGGCAUUAUGAAUUUAAACCCAGAAAAUUCUAUUUCGAAGUCUGCAAAAGAGGCCCUUCAGCUAGGCAGAAUGCUAUGGCAAGAGCUCGAAUUUUUGGGAAAAAAUAGUAGUGGUAGCGAAUUUAGUGGCAUUAACAAUAAAAACGAUAGUAAGAUAGAGGAGUGCCUGCAUUCUCUAUCGACAUCAGGAGAUAUAUUUUCGAGGAAUGGGAGGGUAAUGGUGUUGCCCUGUGGGUUGACAUUGGGGUCUCACAUAACGGUGGUGGGGAGGCCGAGGGUGGCGCAUGCAGAGACGACCCCGAAGAUUUCUUUGUUGAAGGAGGGGCAAUAUGUGAUGGUUUCACAGUUUAUGAUGGAAUUGCAGGGGUUGAAGACGGUAGAUGGGGAGGACCCGCCAAGGAUCCUGCAUUUCAAUCCGCGGUUGAAGGGGGAUUGGAGUGGAAAGCCUGUCAUUGAGCAGAACACUUGUUAUAGGAUGCAAUGGGGGACUGCACAGCGGUGCGAGGGGUCAAAGUCUCAGGCUGAUGAGGAGACUGUUGACCAUUUGGUGAAAUGUGAAAAGUGGAUUAGAAAUGAUGUAAAUGGCUUCAAGGAAUCAAACUCAAAGUGGUGGUUAAACCGGUUCAUCGGGCAAACAAAGAAGGCGGACUUCGAUUGGCCAUUCCCAUUUGUAGAAGACAAGUCAUUUGUCUUAACUCUUAGUGCUGGUUUAGAGGGAUUCCAUGUCAGUGUUGAUGGGAGGCAUGUCACCUCAUUUCCGUAUCGCACUGGGUUCACACUUGAGGAUGCCACGGGCUUAUCUUUGGAUGGGGACAUUGAUGUCCUUUCUGUUUUUGCUGCUUCCUUGCCCACAUCAAAUCUCAAUUUUGCUUCUCAGACACAUCUCGAUAUAUCUGAGAAAUGGAAGGCUCCACCUAUUAUGGAUGAAGCGGUCGAACUGUUCAUUGGUAUUAUUUCAGCAGGCAACCACUUUGCUGAACGCAUGGCUGUGAGGAAGUCUUGGAUGCAGCAUAGGCUUAUCAAAUCCUCAAAAGCUGUUGCUCGUUUCUUUGUAGCACUGCACAAAAGAAAGGAAGUGAAUGUGGAAUUAAAGAAAGAAGCUGAUUUUUACAGAGACAUUGUCAUAGUACCCUACGUGGACAACUAUGACCUUGUAGUAUUGAAAACUGUAGCCAUCUGUGAAUAUGGGGUUAGGACAAUAUCGGCUAAGUAUAUUAUGAAGGGGGAUGAUGACACAUUUGUUAGAGUAGAUGCAGUUAUUAAGGAAGCAAAGAAAGUAUCUGAAAACAGAAGCUUGUACAUUGGAAAUAUAAAUUUCUAUCAUAAGCCCCUGCGCAGCGGGAAAUGGGCAGUGACAUGUAAGGAAUGGCCGGAGGAAGUUUACCCACCCUAUGCAAAUGGACCAGGCUACAUUAUCUCUUCAGACAUUGCAAACUUUAUUCUUUCGGAUUUUGAGAGACAUAGAUUAAGGUACUUCAAAAUGGAGGAUGUGAGCAUGGGAAUGUGGGUCGAGAAAUUCAAUAGCUCAAGACCAGUCGAAUACAAACACAGCUUGAAGUUCUGCCAGUUUGGAUGCAUAGAGGAUUAUUAUACAGCGCACUACCAGUCUCCGAAGCAGAUGAUAUGCAUGUGGAACAAAUUGCAACAUCAAGGAAAGCCUCUAUGUUGCAACAUAAGAUGA